ACCGUACUUUUCUCCUAGUCUGCCUCUUCGGGAUAACUUGGUUAAACUACAACAGAACCGACCUGACCUGACCUGACCUCGGACAGCUCCUGGUUCGGCGCUCAUGCAGGGGUCCUCCAAUCUGGUCAGCAAGCAACACUCUCUGCCGACAUCCGGACCCUUCUUUACCUUAUACCAUUGAGACCCUUCUCUCCUCCUCCUCCUCCUCCCCCUCCUCUUCUUCAUUCUUAUCUUCCUCCUCCUCCUUCCUCCUCCCUCCCAUUGACAGGCCGGCCACUCUCCCCACCGAGAUGCCCUCGACGCGCCAAUUCCGCUCCAUUGGCCUGCUCACGGUCCUUGCCUUUUGCAUCAUCUACUACAUCUACAAUGGCGCCUCGGACACGCAUGAAUCCGAAUUCUAUCAACGAACGAAGGCUGCCCUAGAGCGGAAAAAGACAUCCCACGACCGAGACCAAAUAUUCGCCGAAGAAAAGGACAGACUCGGCCGAGUAGAACGGUUACGGAAAGAGCAUGAUGCGGCCGUGGAGAAAGAAGGAGCUACCAAAGUCUCCACCAGCCACAGCGAGGCCGCCGUGACGCAAGUAGUGGGCGGGGAAGAGAGAAUCAAAGGGCAAAAGCCGUUGAAAGUGCCCGAUACAGAGAAGGACGGAAAGGUGGUGCACGGCGCUCCCGAGAAGGAUUCGGACGAUGGCGUCGCGAAGAUUGGCAAUGUGCGGCAACAGCAGCAGUCGCUGCACAAGGAGGGCGGUGCGGUGACGGAAGGGGAGGACGACGACGAAGACGCAGCCGCCAAGAGGAAGAAGAAACAGGAAGAGGCGGAGGUGGAAGCGGAAUUGACUGAUAUUUUGAAAAAGGGACCGAUAAUAGUCUUUUCCAAGAGCUAUUGUCCCUAUUCGAAGAAGGCAAAGCACGUCCUCCUCGAUCUGUACUCCAUCACCCCUGCGCCUUAUGUGGUAGAACUGGACACACAUCCUCUCGGACCCGGUCUACAAAGCCAUCUGUACAAGUCUACGGGACGAAGAACGGUGCCGAAUGUGUUGAUCAAUGGCCGAUCGAUCGGCGGAGGCGACGACAUUGUGGGCCUGCACGAAAGUGGGAAACUGAUCGACACCAUUACGAGCAUGGGCGGUAAACGAAUCAUGAGUGCGAGUAAAAAGGAACCGCACGCGAAACGGUUCAAAUCAUAGCGCACUUUGUUUGCUCUCAUGUAAAGAAAAAAAGGGAAAAGGCAAGCAUUGGAAUGGGGGAAAGGAAGAAAGAAAGUGAUACCCUUGGAAGAGAAAUGAACAUUCAUGCUACUACCUUACCUUGACUUUUUGUGUUCAUGUGCACCCUUCUUCUUUUCCCCCAAGAAGAUCAUCAGCAAUUCAAUAACAGUAACGACUCCUCGUCACCACUGCCAGGUGCAGCGAGCGAACCACUCAAACGAACAACAUUUCCGCAGCAGCCCUCCCAUUCCCCGCUACAGCCAAUACAAUCACCAUGGCCAAUGCCAAAUCGGGAACGCUCUUCCCAUCCUCUCGACUCUUGUCGUGACUUUGCGCUUCUACAAUCACUGACCAUUCCCCUUUCUCCUCUCCACCUCCUACCUCUACAGUGGCACAUUGCAAUCCAUCGACAAAGACUUCCAAGGAUGUGAGACUUGCUCCUCCUCCUGGCUGUUGUUCUGAGUCUUCGCUGCUGCUGGAUUGGACGGAGCCAGUGAUUUCAAUCCAGAAAGAGGAAGAGGAUGGAGAUGAUUCUUUUUCUUCUUUGUUUUCGGGAAUGACUCGCUUGGCGUGGGAGAUGGUUAGGACGGGCGCUUUCUUUCCUUUCUCGACAACUUUGUCACCUCCACGAGAAAUAAUCACAUCAGUGGGUAAAUCUGGAGUUCGACCUGGUUUGAUUCUUCCUCCAGAAGAAGAAGAUGCUUGUUUCGCUUCAAAAGCAGUGGCAUAUGACAUAAUUUUAUUAUCCUCAUAUGCCUUAGUGGCAAACGUGAGAUUCACUGGCAUGUUGAUGUCCGACAUGUUUCCCAUGGGGACGUUGAUGGUCGGGAUGCCGAAUUGUCGAAUCGCGCAGUUGCCGUUGCUGUAGAGGACUCCGUUGCGCCAUGCAUCUCGUGCAGACUCUUCAUUCUUAUCCGCAUCGGCUUUACCGACGUCGCCUUGACAGGGCCACACCACGGCAUCGAGCCCUCGAGCGUCCAUCCAGGCUUCGAAAUCCGUCUUGCGACGCUCUUCCAACGCUUGGAGUUUGGGUCCGAUGCCGGGGAUGGAGAAAGUCGCCACGCGGCCCUUCUUGACGGCGUCGACGAGAUUCGCACAUUUGACGAGCGGGUCGUCUGGGCCGUAACGAUCGGGCAGAGCGCCG